GAUCAAAUCGCCCCAGGCGCCCUGUUUUCACCGUCGUCCCGUGACUGGCCCUGGCCUUGGCCUAUUUCAAUUUGCGCUCGCUUUAUGGAGUUAAUAGCGGAAAGUAGAUCAGUUUUAGGCCAGGAAGUGUUUGUGUGGUCACCUUGGGGACUGGCUCAUGCUUGAUUUAUUUGAUAUGCAUUUUCCGAACAGAAUUCACCGUUGCAGCUCAGGCCAAUAAUUGGUGUUAACAGUAAGGCUGAUCUUUGUGAAGUAACAGGCCAAAACCAUAUGGGACCCCUGCAUGGGAUUUAAUAUUUUCUUGCUUAAAAAUGUUCAAGAACAAAUCUGGAUAUUCACGGCUUGGGUCUCCAUUGAGGAGGUCUGAGUACUCUGCGUACAGCGCUGAGUCUACACGGGACUCCAACGGUCAGACGUUCCACUUCUCGUCGCUGCCGGUCGACACGGCCGAUGACGAGCUGGUGGAGGACACGCAGUUCGAGCUGCGCUCGCGGGCCAGCGGCGCGGCGCUCUCCUCGAUGGCGGCGCCGGCGGCCUCGGCGACCGGCAGCGAGCGGACGCAGUACGUCACACACGACGUCUCCGACCGGGACACACUGCAGACCAUCUCGCUGCGGUACAGCGUGCCGAUCGCGGAGCUGAAGCGGGCCAACCAGCUGUACUCUGAGAAGGAGCUGUGCGCGCGCCGCUUCAUCAAGAUCCCGGUGUUGCCGAACUCUGUGCUGACGGAGGGUCCGCCCACCGAGCAGCUGGUGUGUCUGGAGCCGGCGGACAGCGGCGGCGGCGGCGGCCCGGAGACGUCCGGCCGGCUGUCGCCCGGCUCGGCCGACAGCCGCGGCUCGGCGGCCAGCACCGAGGUGCGCCCGUUCGGAGACGGCGUCCGCGAGGGACACAAGCUGCUCAAGAACGUGGACCGCGAGCUGACGGCCGUGCGCGCCAAGGCGGACGAGCUGCGCGCCGACGGCGUGCUGACGGGCGGCCCGCUGGCGGCCGACGUCGGCGCCGGCUCGGCCUGGGUGGCCGGCGCGCCGCGCCAGGGCGGCGUGUGCUCGUGCUCGGGCGCCGACUGCGGCGUCCACUGGCUGUGCCUGCUGGCGCUGGCGCUGCUCGUGCUGGUCGUGGUGCCCGUGUGGUACAUCGUCCGGGAGUACGAGACGGACAAUCUGGGGCACCACCACCACGAGCGGACCACGGCCGCCAGCGCCACCGGAUUGUGAGACGGCUGACACCGCGCGGUGGCGGCGCUCCGGCCUCCGCCGGGACUGGGUCUGUCUGGAGCGCAGCCAGAGGUGAGUUGGAGCUCCAUGGUGAGGAGACCAGACCUGGGCUCUGACACUGGGCAUUCGCCGGUCGGCUGAGGAGCGAUCCGAGCCGCCCCUCCCUGCUCAUAGUAGUUUGGUGGUAGCGCGGGGCUCAGAGGGACAGACGGGCGGCUAGUGGCGUACGAGCGUCGUUGCACGGCUCUAGUCAACGACCUUAAAUGUGACAAUGGGAACGAAUGCGGCCAAAAAGCACUUGUGACUGACGACAAGUGCUUUAAUUUGAUAAAAAUCUAUAUAAACACGGUGAAGGGCGCAUGCUAUGCGCUUUGUUCUCUGGAACGGGUCGGGUGUAAUGUUAGGUAUGCAUUUCGUGGUACUUAUCAACCCGCUUUUCUUUCACAUCACUAUGUCAUUUUCUUCGCCAUCGGACAGGGUUUAAUAGCUUACUUCGAGACUGUCAAAGAGGUUUACAUUUCUGUCCUUUUCGAGCCGGUGUGCAGCUGCAUUCCAAAGGCAGGUCACAGUGAUAUGCGACGUUUAUUAAUUUGGUCCUAUAAUUACACCCCUUUUCAUAUAAGACCAUGACCCAUGUUUGGCCGUACCCUUGCCACCCCACCCCCCACCCCUUAGCGAACAUUGCGCCCCCUCCCCCAGCCAACAUUGCGCCCCGCCCUCCCGUGUCCCUGGGGACCACGUCACCCCACAGCGCCACUUGCUGAAUGUGUCACUAGUGCAAUGUAGACUACAGACGCAGUUAGGCUAGUAACUGAGUUUAUUCCCGAACUCGACUACAGAGAGGCUGUCUUCCAUGCGCGCCGUUCAUACCUAUUUUUGUACACCGGUGCGCAGCGACUCACACCAUGACUCGCGACUCAUGAACCAAGACUCGUGAGUCGCGUCAUCGCCCCUGUUAGGACCAAUAUGGUCGGUUUCCCGGGAGUUCUGUGUAGCAAGGCACGUGCCAGGUAGUCCACAUGUGUCCACCUAGAGACGAAUGUUAACGACUUCGUGCACACCUGUGCGAGGCCGUGUGGUAUUCAAUGGUCGACAACAAAGACGUAGGAGCCUGAUAGUGGAGUCUGGUAGGAUGUGAAAAAUGCAGAGGAAUAAUUAUCCACGUUGAACUGUUUAGCCGAUGUUCGGGUGAUAUAUUUUGGAAUUUCAGCUGUGGCAGAUGCUGAUGUGUGUUUGCGCGAAUGAAGUGUCCGAUUCUGUUUUGGAGAGGGAGUGUUGCGGAUACUAGCGGCGUUGUUCAAGACAUUACGACUUUCACGUGCUUCAAUAGGGUGCUUUAAUUAGAAUCUUUCUUCUUUUCUUGUUACUGCUUUACUGACCCUUCAUUUCAAUUUUGUGGAACAUGUGUCACACCGACUUAUUAUUGCCGCCUUGUUUGUCGCGCUCUGUCCGUGUGUGAUAGGUGGUGGACCCGUGGGUAUCGCUGGGUUUCAGUGAUGCUGUUUGUCACAUAAUCAGUUGUCACGAAACGCAGCCUGUGUAGCGUGUCGGAUACUGUCUUUCCGUUUUCUGCGCGGAAUCCGCCACGUCUGCUCAGUUCUGUCGCGGGGCCGCGGUAUGAUUAUUGAUGGGCAGUUUUAUGCUCUCUGUCGUCGUGUGGGUGCCGUGCCAAGAUGUGCUCGUGAGGCGGCUGUUGUCCGGGUGCCGGGUGUCCGCGGGGAGGUGCCGUGUGUCGGUCGCUCAGUCGGCGGCCCUGCAGAGCCGCCGGUUUGUCGAUGCCUCGAACACGUGAUCUGACCGUCCCACUCUGUGGCCCAGUGAGAGCCACUGCACCCCGACUGAUAUUGCUCCGUGCAAUACCGGGGGCCCCAGAGGAGUUACAUGGUGAAUACAUAUCUCUAUUAACGUUA